AUGGUAAUAAAUACAGCUACUUCACUGAAAACCACUACUCAACGUUCAACUAAUAGUACAUUGACUGCUAUGCAUAAAAAUAAGCAAUCAACCGGCACACGAAAACGAGCAAUAGAAACAUCUUCAAAUGGAACACAAUUAAGUUCUCGUGGUCAAGAUACAAUGAGUGAUGUAAGUGAGGAUGAUGCUGAAAAUCCAGUUCCUUUGAAAAAACGACGAGUUUCAAUAAUUCAUACAUAUGCUAAUAAAUUAUCUGAUCUCGAAUACAAAUGUUCAUUAUGCAUGAAAAUAAUUCGAUGCAGUAUGACUAGUAAUUCGAAUAUAAAACGACAUCUAAUACAAGUUCAUGGACUGAACCAUUUAAAAUCAAAAAGUGAUAAAUCUGUAGUACCAAAACAAUUAUUUGAUCCGUUCCGUAAAGCUACACUCGACGAAGCGGCUGUAAAAUGUAUAGUUGUUGAGAGUAUGACACAUUUUUUAUCAACAGCUAUGCCAGGUUAUGUUGGUCCUCAUGCUAAUAUGGUUCGACAAACAAUGAAACAUUUAUAUACUAAUAAAUUAGCGCAACUACGUGAAGAUUUGAAAGAAAUUCCUUAUGUUUCUCUAACAACAGAUCUAUGCAGACGCCCAAAAAAGCAUCACUACUUGUGUGUUACUAUCCAUUAUGUAGAUACAAAUUAUCUGAAUGUUUCUAAAGUGCUUAGCUUCCGACGAUUUCAUGGUCGUCAUUUCGGUCAACGUGUUCGGAAUCAUUUAGUUCGAAUUGUAAAUAAGUUUCAACUUGAAUCAAAAAUUGUAGCUAUUGUUAGUGACAAUGGUGGUGAUAUGCAUUUUGCUACACAGUAUCCAGAAAUGUUUGGUGUUAGACUACACUGUUUAGCGCAUGCACUAAAUUUAACUGUUACAAAUGGUUUGCAAUUAUGGAAAAAAAAUAAAAAACAAGAUUCAGUAACAGAUUUAACAAAACCACACGGUGAUGGUGAAAUUGAACAUGCACAUGGCAAUGAAGUUGAAGAAGAAUCCUCUGAUGAAUCAGAUGAAGAAGUAGAAGAAGAAAUAUCAACAACGCUCAAUGCUGAUGAUAAUGAAUCAAAUAUUGUUAUCAAACAUUUUGAUUUAUACGAAGACGGCUAUCGUGAAACACUUGAAGAUAACACCGAUAUUCUCUCUUCAGAUGAAGAUAUGGAUGAUGAUAAUGAUCAUAUAUUGGAUUCUUCUACUACUAUUAAUAAUAUAAAUGAUGUUCUUAGAAUUGUUCAUAAUAUUGCUCGCCCUUCUAUUAAUGCUGAUCUUAUACUUGAUAUGCAAAUUCGAUGGAACAGUACAUUCAAAAUGACAUCGCGAUUAGUUCAAUAUCGAUCAAUUUUAAAUACAUUCAUGGAACAAUUAUCUUUUGUAGAUGGCGUUACAUCCAAACAAAAGAACAAAUUAAUAAAAUCUCAGAUUUAA